CAAGACAUCUGCGUAAAGUAAUACUAAAAAUAAAACCGAGAGGAAAAACACCGCAUGCUCUUGCUGCACCAAGCGCCGUAGCUGAAUACAAAAAUAAAGAAUCUAAUCGAUAUCGGCUGCAGCCAUUCAUUCGUGUUAUCAAGCUAAUCUCGGGACGCUUUAACUUUUGAAAGCCUGUGCAUCCUCGUCCUCCUCACUAAGGUCUUUGUGUCAUAUGGCAGAUUCUGAGCAAUCUGUGAGUCCAUCUACGUCAUCCACUAGCAUAACAUUUCCAUCAUAUAGCGCCGCCUCUGUGACCGCAGAUUUGACUCGUCGCUCCUGUCCUGAACGUGUUGCAUACAUGCGAAGGCACGCGCAAGGUGUCUCGUGCGCUAUCCGCAGCGGUGAGGCAGCGUCACUCAACCAAAACAUCUGUCUCCACAGUUGAAUCUGACAGCAACGGUGACAGGUUAAUAUGAGCGAGCUGGUGGUGCGGACCCUUCCGUCUCCUUCAUUUGUGCAGGGUCCUGGUCUGGACACCUAUAAAGGAUGGCUCUUUAAAUGGACCAACUACCUGAAGGGUUACCAGCGCCGGUGGUUCGUCCUGAGCAACGGCCUCCUGUCAUACUACAGGACUCAAGCAGAAAUGGCUCACACCUGCCGUGGCACGAUUACCUUGGCAAUGGUGCACAUAGAUGUGGGUGACACCUGUCACUUUGUGUUGACAAGUGGAGGGCGGAGCUACCACCUGAAGGCCAGUUCAGAGGGCGAGUGCCAGCGAUGGGUUUCUGCUCUUCAACAGGCUAAAGCCAAUGCCACUCAGAUGAUGCAUCAUUCAGAUGACUCUGGUGAUGAGGGAUCACUUGCCCAGCCGGAUCGUGCUUUGAUCCAGGGGGCGCUCAAUACUCUGGUUAGCAAUCUCGAUGACCUCAGCACCUGCAACGAGCUGAUUGGGAAGCACGGUGCUGCGCUUCAGCGCUCUCUUAGUGAACUAGAGGACCUGCGGGCCCCCACCGACGGCGCUGAUAAACUGAAGACCGUCAACGAACGAGCCACUCUCUUCCGUAUCACCUCCAAUGCUAUGGUCAAUGCCUGUCAGGACUUUGUAGAUCUAGCAGAGACACACAGCAGGCAGUGGCAGCGUGCACUGCAGUAUGAGCGGGAACAGCGCCACCACCUGGAGCAGACUAUUGAGCAGCUAGCCAAACAGCACAACAGUCUGGAGAGAGCCUGGAGAGAAUCACCCAGCACACAAAACAAAGGGGCAGAGAGAACACCAGAGGGAGAGUCCAGUGAGGAGAAUGAAGACAUAGAGUUCUUUGAUGCCAUGGAAGAUUCUCAAGCCUUCAUCACAGUGCCUGCAGACGAUCACUCCCAGCACAGACUCUUGAGCAGUAAUCAGAGCAUGACAAGUGGAAGUUUAUCCAGUAAUUGGAGCCAGGAGAACAAUGAAUGUUCCAGUAUGUACCUGCGCAGAGGCAGACGCUGUCGAAUCCCAGAAAAGCCCAACUACUCGCUCAAUCUGUGGAGCAUCAUGAAGAACUGCAUUGGCAAAGAGCUCUCCAAGAUUCCUAUGCCUGUGAACUUCAACGAGCCGUUGUCGAUGCUUCAGCGUCUGACAGAGGAUCUGGAAUACAGUGAGCUCUUGGACCGAGCAGCACACUGCGACUCGUCUCUGGAACAGAUGUGUCUGGUUGCCGCAUUCUCUGUCUCGUCCUACUCCACCACCAUCCACCGCACAGGAAAACCCUUCAACCCCCUGCUGGGAGAGACCUACGAGCUGGACCGCCUGGAUGAGUACGGCUACCGCUCCAUUUGUGAGCAGAUAAGCCAUCACCCCCCAGCAGCUGCCCAUCAUGUAAUAUCACAGCGAGGCUGGACCCUGUGGCAGGAGAUCACCAUCGACAGCAAAUUCCGUGGCAAAUACAUCUCAAUCAUGCCACUAGGCAACAUUCACCUUAAGUUCCACUCCAAUGAAAAUCAUUAUGUGUGGAGCAAGGUGAUCUCUACUGUGCACAAUAUAAUAGUGGGCAAACUGUGGAUUGACCAAUCUGGAGACAUUAUAAUAGUCAACCACCGGACCAAGGACACAUGCCACCUCAAAUUCUCUCCUUACAGCUAUUUUUCCAGGGAUGUUCCCCGCAAGGUAACAGGUGUUGUGACGGAUGGUGAAGGCACCGCCCACUUCAUUCUUUCAGGAACAUGGGAUGAUAAAAUGGAAGCUGCGAAGAUAAUAGAGAGCAGCCACGGCUGUGGAGGAUCUGAGGGCAAACAGAAAACUGUUUAUCAGACUCUACCACCAAAACUACUGUGGAAGAAAUACCCUCUCCCUGAGAAUGCAGAGAACAUGCAUUUCUUCUCUUCUCUGGCUCUGACUCUGAACGAGCCUGAGGAUGGUGUGGCUCCUACUGACAGCCGUCUGCGACCCGACCAGCGGCUGAUGGAGGCGGGAUUAUGGGACGAAGCUAAUGCUGAGAAACAGCGUCUGGAGGAGGGACAGAGACUUGAGAGGAGGAAGAGAGAGGCCCAGGCCAACCUCACACUAGAGGAGGGUAAAGAGGCAGAGAGCUACCAGCCCCUGUGGUUUGAGAAAAGGACUGAUUCAGAGACAGGCGAGAGCAGCUAUAUGUACAGAGGAGGAUACUGGGAGGCCAAAGACACACAGGACUGGAUUCAGUGCCCUGCCAUCUUUUGAAGUCUCUCAGGCUCAUCAUUCCAAGCGGAUGAUCCAGGAUCUGCUUCGGGAAUGCUGCUUACCAAUGCUUCCAAAUCUAAGGAGUUUCAAAAAUGUGAAAUAUACUCAUUUUGUUCACUCACUGCUAAUGCAUCCACACUUAUACAGUAUAUCACCAUUUGGUGUGUGUUUAUGGGGGUAUUUCGGCAACUGAAUUGUAGCAGGGAAAAUACAUAUUGCAUGAAAAAUAAUAUUGUUUAAAGCACAAUAGAUGGAGGCACUUUAUUCAACAUUAUAAACCUUCCACUGAAGGACAGUGAUGACAUUUAAUGAUCUGGGGAAUGUAACAUUGCACCAGGGAAAAGACUGCUUAAAGUUACACCCUGGUUUGUAAGUUGUUUCAGGCCAACUUUAUGAUGUUCAUGCACUGAUGGAGAAAAAAGUUGCAGACAUUCUACUUUGUUGCAGUACACACUACUUUUAAAGUAUAGAGACUGAAUUGCCUCUAACAUCCAACAAGACUGUGUUCCUCCAAUGAGCUGAAGUAUAGAUCAGGUGCUGUGUAGUUUCAAUAGUGCAAACAUCCUCCAUAAGCAACUUAGAUAGAAUCAAGAUCAGUGUAUUGAUGUUGCUUCUACAACAAUAAUUACUACAGCUAAUCCAUGAGAUGGCAUACAUUUAAAGCAAGUAUUCAUUUUUAGCAGCCUAUUUUGUUAUUUAGUACAAGUGUAAUGUAAAUGUCACUGUGUGGGUUGCAAAUAAUGGCUUAAUGGACAUUCUUAAUGGAAAUUCUCCAUACAGUCAUGGCUGAAGGUUUGCAAACAUACUAAAGCAGCACUAAGCAAUAAUUUUAUUUCAUUUUUAUUCAUUUAAAUAGAUGAAUCAAUACUACACUCAAUUUAAUGUGACUCAUCUGCAUGUAACACAACAUUAGUACGUAUAUUUUUAUAAUAAUUAUGCAAAUGAAGCACGCACUGCAACAAAUAUACACAGAAAAGUACACUCAAUAUUCUUUGAAAUUUAAUAUCGCACACUAUUAAUUCAGAAAAAAAUGCUUGCAUCGAUAAUGUCAAACUUUAGGAUGUUUGCAAACAUUUGGCCAUUACAAACCUUUGGCUUUAUUAUCCAUAACUUGCAUUUUAUGGUGGCAAUAUUUCUAUUUUCCACUAUUAGUAGCUAAAGCACAUUUACUAUAUUCAUGUUGCAAGGAACAGUGAUUUGGAAUACUGACCAUAAACUGUAUACAGUGUGGAUGAAUGCAAACUCAUAUUUGGGCAUUAAAGAACAUUAUGUACAUGGGCAGAAUAGAGUGAAAUGAAAGUAUGCCAUGCCAGGAAAUACUUUAGAUGUGGACAGUACAAUGUGCUGGUAGAAGUAUGAAGAACUAAUUUAAGUUGCACUGCUUUAUGGACUGUUUCUGGUUUUCAACCAAAUGAAAAGUGUAUUCAUAUAAACUGUGGUUGUAAUUCAUGAGAUGAGUUGCUUCAGUAUAGUGUCAAGCGGCACUGCAAAGUUGCACAGAGAAAAUUACCUUCCCAGUGUAUUUAUUUUUUAACAGUGAUAAAAGAAGACUUAUUGACAAUUUUAAAAAGAGUAUAAAAGAUGACUAUUAUAACUAGAAAAAUGAAUUGUGAUUCAUGAUGAUGAUGUUGGUGAUGUGUAUUGUGAUUGUCACGUUGGAUGAUCAGUAUUUGACAUUGCACCUGAAUUUCAAAGACUCUUAAGAUCUUAAUUAUUAAAUAAUGAUGUGAAUUUACUAAAAA